GCUUUUAUGGAGAGAACUUGAGUGAUCCGUUUAUUUAAGAGAAAAAAUGCGAAGAAAGCUCAGAGAUCUUCUGUUUAAAACCAUAAACAUGUAGCUAACCUCUUAUAUAGAGAACCUGUAUCUGAUUAGUGCGGCAGGCUGAGAAAGAACAAUGUGCGAAGCAGAGAGUGUGUCCCUUCAGGCGUCCCUCAGUGUAGUUGGAGCGUUGGAGUGUGUGGUACGCCGAUGUCUUGGUCCAGAUGGGGGAAGUGUACUCUUUACCAAAGACACUGGAGAAAUUCUAAUCACCAGACAUGGACAGCGCAUUCUCACUACAUUACAUCUGGACCACCCUGUGGGCAGAAUGGUGCUGGAGUGUGUUUGUGCACACAAUCGUGUUACAGCAGAUGGUUCUAAGUCCUUUAUCCUCUUGCUGGCUGCGCUGCUGCGAGGAAUUCAUGACUCUGCAAUUAGAUGCCACAAAGUGUCCCGGAGCCCAGCCACCCCACGAAAACUGGCCAAUCAGCUUUUAGCCUUGUGCUGGAAGGUGCUGGACGACAUUGUAGCCCAUGAUGUCGUUCCUCAUGCUUCAUUGCUGUUUGGUGCCAGUGCAGAUGGACUGGAUUGUGAUGUUCUGCCUGCAUUGGUUAGAGGAUAUGUUGCGGGACGAGUUGGAAAUGCCCAGGCUGAAGUUCUUACAUCUCUUCUUUGCGAACUCUACUGUAAAUUCAGCCAAGAAAAAGGCAGUUCUACAGCAGAGGCCAUCACAUUCCUCCACUCAAGCUUCUCUCUGCUUUAUGCAAAAGUUUCAGGACUUCCCUUUGGUUCUUCACAAGUGGUGGAAGGUCUGGUUGUUGCUCGUGAUUGGUCAGUAUGGAGGGAGGCUGAUGGACCAGUGAAAACUCUUGUUGUUUGGGAGAGCCUGGAUAAACCCCUGAUUGCAAUGGGUGAAAGUGUGAGUAUUUGUUUUCAGCAAGACUGGCUGCUUCGCUUUGAGAACCUGAUGGAAGAGAAGUUAUCAAAGUUGCAGAGCCUCCAGGUCGGCGUGGUGUUAUCGGGGGUGAAGCAGCCGGAGUGUGUGUUGGAGUGGGCUCGGCUGAACGAUGUGUCCGUGCUGGAGUGCUGUGACUCAGAGCAGCUGGACCUGCUGUGUGAACUCACUGCUGCUGAAAUGCUCCCCAUGCAACCCUUGGUACGCAUCACUACGCUAACCUCCUACAGCCGCCUGCAGCUCGGAGGAUGCAGGUACGCUCUCCUAGGGGUUCCUCCACAUGGGUCACUGAAAACACACACUCUGGUGUUCUGUGCACCCACCCCUGGUCAGCUGGAACAGGCCGUCUGUGUAAGCCAGGGCGUAUUUACAAUGCUCCAGCAUAUGUGUCGGUCAGUCUUCAGAACAAGGGAACAGUCAAAUGACACACAUUCUCUUAGUGACUCACACAACACACAUCAGAGGGAGAUAGAGAGAGACGGCGUGUCUCGGACACAUGACCAGCCUCACAUGUUAACUCCACUUCCUGACCCGUCACAAAGCUUUCAAUCUGAGCAGCCACGAGGUUCAAUUAAGGACGUAUGGGACGGUAUUUUACACUCUGGUGGAGUUAUUCCUGUGGGUGGAGCUUUUGAACUCCUAUUACAUCACUCCUUGUUGCAUUGCAGUAACCAUGGCGACUCGGAGAUCCGAAGGCUGCUUGCCGAGGCUGUACUGAGCGUGCCCAGAUCACUGCACUCCCACAGACCCAGAUAUUUUCUGCAGCAGCAUGCACUCCUCAUGAGUAAGCUGCAGCUACUGAAGCAGGGCCAUACGCUCAGUGAUCCAAGGUCAGGGUCGGACUUAAGGUUUGAUCUGGGGCCAGCAGGAUCAGGUCUCUUGUGUGUCGAGCCAAUCUGUAGUAAACACCAGUUGGUGGCGUCUGUGUUGCAGUGUGUGAACAGGUUGUUGUGUGUGGGGACUAUAAUACUCACUCAGACUCCAGUGCACAGAUCACUUCGAGGGACCUCUGAGGACAGUGAAGAAGAGGACAUGUGAUGGUGAGCAUUGCUCCCACGCAUCCUGGAAUAUUAAAAUAAAAAAUAUCUGGAAAAGCUGGAAAUUAA